CCAUUUAGUUUCCCUUCGACUUCUACAAAGGAGCCACAAUAACUAUUUUCGAAUCAUCUACAAUGUAUUAGGCCACUCUUCUGCAUUUUUAUGGUUCUCUGUGUUUUCCUUCUCCAGAAAAUCACCAAAUGGCCAUAGUUCCUAUCACCUACACCCACACAUGGACUUUCUCUAAUCCUCAUUAUGCACUUCCCCUCUUCCACUCACGCACCAAUUUCACGAGGAUCAAAUUUUCUCCCACAAACUAUGGUGCUGGCCUUGCCCCCUCUUCACCCCUCUCUCAUUUUCGAGUAUUUUGCCGAUCUGAGAGGGAGACAAUUGAGAUAAGAAGGUGCGCCCCUUUUCUAGAAGGUUCAACAUUUGUUGAUAAUGGUGGUGUGGCCUCAGAUGAGUGGAAAGUAGUUCCUGAUAUUUGGCGAUCUUCUGCGGAGAAGUAUGGUGACAAUGUAGCCUUAGUAGACACAUGUCAUCAUCCUCCUACAACUCUAACGUACACACAGUUGGAGCAGGCAAUUUUGUAUUUUGCAGAAGGCUUGAGAGUUAUUGGGGUAAAACCUGAUGAGAAGAUUGCCCUUUUUGCGGACAAUUCAUGUCAUUGGCUUAUAGCAGAUCAAGGUAUGAUGGCAAGUGGAGCAAUAAACGUGGUAAGAGGCUCAAGGUCAUCAGUUGCAGAACUUUUGCAAAUAUACAACCACUCUGAAAGCGUUGCACUAGUGGUGGAUAACCCAGAAAUGUUCAAUCGGGUUGCAAACACGUUCUAUUCAAACACUUCCAUGAGGUUUAUUAUUUUGCUUUGGGGAGAGAAAUCGGAGCUGGUUGGUCAAGAAAACAAGCACAUGCCAGUUUUUACUUUCCAGGAAGUCAUAGAUUUGGGACGAGAUAAUCGCAGGGCAUUAUCUAAGGCUGAACAGCGCUAUGUGUAUGAACCAAUACACUCAGAUAGUAUUGCUACCCUCAUAUACACAAGUGGAACAACCGGAAAUCCGAAAGGUGUAAUGCUCACCCAUCAGAAUCUUCUGCAUCAGAUAAAAAACUUAUGGGACAUAGUACCUGCAAAAGUUGGGGAUAGAUUUCUAAGCAUGCUGCCACCUUGGCAUGCAUACGAAAGAGCUUGUGAGUAUUUCAUUUUCACAUGCGGAAUUCAGCAAGUAUACACAACCGUGCGGAAUCUAAAGGAUGAUUUGAAACUCUAUCAACCACAGUACUUGAUUUCUGUUCCUUUAGUUUUUGAAACAUUGUACAGUGGGAUCAUGAAGCAGAUAUCUACGAGUUCUGCUGUUAGAAAGUUUGUGGCACUAACAUUCAUAAGGGUCAGCUUAGCAUACAUGGAAUGUAAGCGCAUUUAUGAGGGUAAAUGUCUAACAAUGAACAAGAAGCAAGUCUCCUACGUGAAUUCAACGUUGGACUGGCUGUGGGCGAGAAUUAUAGCCACAUUACUACUUCCGGUUCAUAUUUUGGCUAAGAAACUUGUCUACAAUAAAAUCCAUGCAGCUAUUGGAAUAUCAAAGGCUGGAAUAAGUGGAGGUGGUAGUUUGCGGUGGGAAGUAGAUAAGUUUUUUGAGGCAAUUGGUGUGAAAGUACAAAAUGGAUAUGGUUUAACAGAAACUUCACCAGUUGUUGCAGCACGACGACCUGGAUGUAAUGUUCUUGGAUCUAUUGGGCAUCCAAUUCGUGAAACGGAAUUCAAAGUUGUAGAUUCUGAAACUGAUGAAGUUCUUCCAGCUGGUUCAAAGGGAAUUUUAAAAGUCAGGGGUCCACAAGUGAUGAAAGGAUACUUCAAGAAUCCUUUAGCUACGGUUCAGGCCUUAGACGGGAAUGGAUGGUUGAAUACUGGUGAUAUAGGAUGGAUUGUUCCUCAUCAUUCAACUGGGCGGAGUCGUCAAUCGAGUGGUAUGAUUGUUGUGGAAGGCCGUGCUAAAGACACUAUUGUACUUUCAACGGGUGAAAAUGUUGAACCGGGGGAACUUGAAGAAGCUGCAAUGAGGAGUAACUUAAUUCAACAAAUUGUUGUUGUUGGUCAGGAUAAGCGACGUCUAGGAGCUGUAAUAGUUCCUAACAAGGAAGAGGUCUUGAAGGUAGCAAGGAAGUUGUCAAUUAUAAAUUCCGAGAAUUCAGAUGUCAGUGAGGAAAAAGUGAGGAGCCUAAUAUAUAAAGAAUUACAAACCUGGAUGUCUGAAUCUCCAUUUCAAAUUGGACCAAUCCUUCUUGUACAUGAACCCUUCACGAUUGAUAAUGGUUUAAUGACACCCACCAUGAAAAUUAGAAGAGAUAGAGUUGUGACUGAAUACAAGGAUCAAAUAGACAACCUAUACAAGUGACCUACUGAGUGUCAAUGACAUCAUAUAUACAGAGACAAGAGAGCUCUAACUUAGUUGUAAGACAAGAUUCAAAGUCCUAAUCCUUGGGUGACAAUCUUUAUAUAUGGUUUUUGGUACCUUGCAAAAUGGAACAUACAAUUGUUAACAAUACAUUGAAGUUGAUGUGUUAAGAAGUUUUUCGCUUGCUCACAAAAAUAAAAAAUAAAAACACAAAGUUUUUGGCUCGAA